UCUAGAUGGUUCAAAUUCUGAUUUCCGAUCAUUUUUCCUACGUCUUUCUCUUCUCACCAACUUCAUCAUGUGCAUUUUGGAGUUUUUGUAACAGAAUUUUUUACUUAGAAUUUAAGCUGGGUAUUUUAUCCGGACCCAAAAUUUGAACCAAAAUUAAUCUAAAAAUAUUAGACCAAAACUAAACCAUAAAUUUACAAAUAUUUAGAUGAGUCCAAUUUUUUUCUAUCAAGACCCGAAAAUAACCACUAUGAAUAGAUCCAAUCCGAUAAAAAUUGAUCCAUAUGGAACCUUAAAACAUGAAUAUGAAUAUGUAAAAAUAUAAUUUCAUGUAUUUUAUUUUCUAUAUUUAAUUUAUGAUUGAUUUAUUAUAAUUUUUUUUGUAAUCUUUGUUGUUGUAACAUUUUCAAGUAAUUUUUUUAAAUGUUAAAUUUUUAUUUUUUAAAAUAUAUGUUAUUAAUAGUUUAUUUUUAGUUAUUUUAAAAAUUAAAAUAAAUAUUGAAUAUUUCAAUUAAAUCUCGACAAGUUUUGGAUAGAAAGAACUAAACUGAACUGGAACCAAAUUAAAUUAUACCCGAACAGACGUACACUAAUGUAAACAAACACACAUGUAUCCCCUAUAUAUUAAUAGAGGAACAUUUAAAAAGUUAUAACUUAUAUUUUGUAUUAAUUAAAAAACUUACUUGCUUACGUGUCAGUUAAUUAAGCUAUUAAUUUUGCUUACGUGUCAGCCUAGAAAUCAAUUAGAAAAUAUGUUUGUCCAAAUCUAAUUGCUAGAGAACGUAUGUAUACGGAAUAUGAAAUAUGAUAUAAUUUUGGAUUAUUUAACCUAUAGUCAUUUAUUUCCAAGUAUACACAAUUACGAUUAUUACCAGUUACCAUAUAGACUACCAUUAACAUAAUUGCGGAGGUAAUAAUAACUAAGACAUUUAAUAUUAUUUAUGUAAUAUAUUAUACAGAUUGCAUCUCAUAUAUUUUGUUCCCAGUAAUAAAUCUAAUAUUAUUCCAUAUUAAUCUUUACAGACUUCUUUCCCAAGAAAUAUAUGUGAUUAUAGAUUCAACGCACAAAUUUCUACAAUGUUAUUGUAGAGGUAAAUGUAAUGUAAUCACAUUUAGAAAGUUCCCUUUAACAAGGUAUAAUAAUUAAUUUAAAAAUAUGAUAUAGUAACAAUAACAUAAGUGUCAAACAAUAUUUACUGUCAAAAUAUAUUUAAUUUGGCAUUUGUGUUCUUUAUCAAAAAAAUAUAUUUAGUUCGGUGAUUUCCAGGUAUAGGGAGCAAAAUAAGCAUCUGAUCAAAAAAAAAGGAGCAAAAUAAGCACUACUCUGACCGUCGAUUUUCUCAACAACUGUUAAAAAUUACCUUUCCACGAAAGUUGUGUUAACAGAGUCGUGUUGACAGAGCUGCUUAUGCUUAAUUACAACAAUGGGCAGGACCGUGUCUUAAGAAUGGAAGAUAUAAAUCAAAACUUAUCAAAGAUGUGAUUAUAUUCUUCCGAGUAACCACAAAUAGCAAAGCAUAUAUAUACAUGUAGCUUAUUUUAUUUAUAUAAUCUUGAUAUUUAAGAAAUUAAUUUGAAUAAUCGACAUAUGUUUGUCUUAAAUUUAGUAUAUUAUUAAUCAUUUUUCUUUUCUUUUUAUGAGAUCUAUAAUAACAAUAAUUUAUUUAACAAUUUUUUAAUAGUUAAAUAUAAUAGAAAACAUUCUAUUUAAAAAUUAGAGGAAUAUUUAAUAAAUUUAAUUUUUAAUCAUACAAAAUUAAAUUGACAAAAUGUAAUAAAAGAUAAUAUAGUUUAAGUUUUUUGGUACAAAAUUGAAUAACCCAAAAACUGACAAUAUAUAAACUGAACCAAACCAAAUAAAUAUGAUUUUAAUAUUGUAUCUAAUUUUUUUUAAAUCAAAACAUCAAAAAACCGAACCGAGACCAGACAAAAAUUGAAUAAACCAAAAAUCGACAGUAUAUAAACUCAACCAAACCAAAACAUAUAUGAUUUUAAUAUAGUAUCUAAUUUUUAUAAACCAAAAUAUUGAAAAACUGAGCCGAAACCAACCAAAAUCAAGACUGAACAAUCCUAUUUUGAAUAUAUGAUUUUUAUGUAUGUCUCACCCCACGCAAAGCGUGGGUCUCAUUCUAGUAUUCUUAUGAAACGACAUCAUCUUUAGCUUGCCAUUAGACUAUAUUCGGCCUAUCACACAAACCAACACUAUAAUCCAGAGGCUUAUAUAUAAAAGUUUAAGGUAAAUUCUGAUAGAUUUAAAAUGUCUAAUUCAAUAAAUUAGUUAAUAACUAGAAACCAUGUUCUUGUCUAGUAUUACGUUACAAAAUAUUUAGCUCAUGUAUGUUACUCGUUUUAUUUUGGGGUUAAGCUAAUCAUAUUGCUACAACUAGAUCUAUAAUAUGAGAAAUAUAUGUGUAUAUAUAUAUAUAUAUAUAUGAUCACCUUAGGCAAGUGUAUCACAUGAUUGUCUAAAAAAGAAGUUUCAAAUGUAUCACAUAGUUCAUACUUCUAAUAGCGCACGGAAUGGACGAGAUAAGCUGGUAAUGAAUUAAUAAGAGUAACGGGUUACGUUUUACAUAAACUAUCUUUCGGCGUGGAGAACUCUAUAGAGAGAACGUGAGAAAACAGAAGAACCUGUAAAGGCCGAAAGUGACGGGAAAGCCAACAAAAAAUCUUGUGUGUGAGAGAAUCAAUGAAAUGAAAAAAACCUAUAAAAUCCAAAAUAGGCCAUUCUCCAUUUUCUGAUCUCCCAAAAUUCGCUUCUCUAUUCGUUCUGCCCCACCAAACAUUUUAGAUUCUAUUAAAAUUUUCUUUUAGAUUUUAGAUUUUAGAUUUUUGUUUUUGUUUUUACUUUUAGUUCUUCAAAACAUCCUUUCCUUAUAUUUUUUCAAAAAAAAACAUCCUUUCCUUAUCGUCGUUUGAGCUUCCUAGUCUUGGAAAAGAAAAAAACCUAAAAGAAGAACGAGGCGACAAAAAAGAAAAGAAAAGAAGAAACAAAUCUUUGGGAGCUCCUUCCGCCUUUUCUUUUGUGCAUGGUGUGCCUCAUCGGUUCUAUAGCUAAGAGUGAUUCAAUUCGUUUUCCUCUCCAGCUACAAGUGAAGAAGAUCUUAUGAGACAUUUGAUUUCUCAUUGAAGAAAACUUGCCGGUCUUGUACUAUCAUAUUAUUAGGCAGGGCAGAUGGAUGAAAACAAUGCAGCAAAGUUAACCGGAAUCCGGCAGAUCGUUAGACUAAAGGAGAUUUUGCAGAAAUGGCAAACCGUAACGAUAGGUUCCAAGUCAGAUGUUCCUCCACUGGAAGAUGGAAAGCAAGCGGCAGCACUAAUUUCACCAGCGAUCAACAAGAGGCUAUUAGCUGUCAAGAAUUGUGACUCGGAUGAUGAGAACAGUCAAAGCCCUAAGACUCCGGCUGAUGUUCCGAGAGGGUAUUUAGCGGUUUACAUUGGACCGGAGCUAAGGAGGUUUAUCAUACCAACAAGCUAUCUCAGCCACUCUUUGUUCAAGGUGUUGCUCCAGAAAGCAGAGGAAGAGUUUGGGUUUGAUCAGAGCGGUGCGCUCACCAUCCCUUGCGAGGUCGAGACUUUCAAGUACUUACUUAAAUGCAUGGAGAACAAUCUUAAAGAUCAUCACCCUGACGACAGCUCCUAUAUGUCUGAUGAGAUAUCAAUCAGGAGAUCUGUUGCCAACACUAAUGGUUGUCUUAACUUUUGCAGCUGGGGAUGUAGUAGAAGCGAAGGAGGAGUAAAUACAAAUCAAGUGAUAAAACUCUUUAAAACUUUUUUAAAAUUACGAUUAUUGUUAUCCUUUGUUAUUGUUUAUCACAUGUUGAUGGAAAUUGUUAGGGUGAUUACUUUGGGGGUGUAAUUGUAAAAUCAGGUUUUUUUAUUGUCCUGGUUUUCAUUUUCUUCUCCAUUUUUUUUUUCAAGGGGGAUUUAAGUUA